AUGGAGCAAUAUUCUAGGCUCAAUGCAGUGGAAAUUCAUGGAAUCCCUGAGGAGAAAAAUGAAGAUGUUAUCAGCAUCGUUAAGGAAGUGGGGAAGGCGCUCGACAUGACGAUCUCCGACACCAUGAUUGACGUCUGUCACCGACUAGGGAGGAGAACCGACCCAAACAGACCACCCCCAGGAAUCAUCGUGAAAUUCGUCAGACGCCUGGACAAGGAGGAACUUCUCAAGAAACGACGAGUCAAGAAUAACCUCUCAACAAGACACAUGAACAUGGGGACCGACCAACCUGUCUACAUAAAUGAGGCGCUGUCACCGGCAAAGAGGAGGCUGUUUGCAGAGGCUCGGCAACUCAAAAAGGAGAAGAUGUACAAGUUCCUGUGGGUUCGUGGAGGCAAGAUUUUCAUGCGCAAAGACGAAGAAUCUACAUCAAUCCAGGUGACCUGCAAAGCUGAUUUUGCAAGUUUGUAA